AUAACAUAGAUACAUAGAUAUGAAAGUAAUGUGAUCACCUGAAAUAUCCUUUUUGUAUUGAAGACUAGAUAAACAUUUUCCGAGUGACUUUUAAGAAUGAAUUAAUGUACUAUAUUGGGUAUGACAUAAUCCAAAUAAGUUUUAGACAUGAAGAAGAAGGUAGAGUAAAUCAUCUCUUAACUACAUCAUAGGGACAGGUGUUUUGUGUGUGUGUGUGUGUGUGUGUGUGUGUGUGUGUGUGAAUACUUCCUUAGAUAGUCAAAAGAGUAAAAAGAGAUUAUUUUUAAAAGAGAGUGUUGAUAUUAUCAGAAGAUGUUUGAGGAUGUAGGAAAUUGCACAACUUUACAGAAUAAUUUUCAACAGUGUUAGUAUUUGCUAAUAUAUGUGAUAUGAAACAACAUUAAUAAUGUAGAAAUGUUAGGGGAAACAUUUAGGAAUCAAUGAAAGAAGAUUGAAAUUGUUUCAGAUAUUAUACGUAAUAAAGAGAAAUGAUUUUGUGAAGUCAGUAGAUGAUAAACUCUCUGAGGUCAAGACCCCUGUCUUAGUCAUUUUUAUAUCUCCACUGACAAGGGCAGUACUUAGCACAAGGCAAGAAUUCAAUGUAUGUAGUAGGGUGAAAUGGAUGGACCAGUAUAUGUAGGUUUCUAAAAAAACUCAACAUAUUUCUAAUAAUUUGGAAACAAGAGAAAAGGCUUUAUAAUUUAAAAUAUUAAAUAUAUUAACAUAAAAACAUGGUUUGCUCAGUCAAGCACAAGGUUGUUAAUUAUUGUAGCGGUUAAACUGAAGCAGCAGAGGCUGCAGUUUCCUAGUGCGGACUGUGGGCGCCGCUGUUGGCCAAAAUGGAGAGCUUGGGCACUGGCGAUCUCCCCGCGCAGCCGCAGCGCACUUUCCCUGUCGGACUCGCUAGCCCGAGCCUUUACACCACUUCCUCCUCUGGAGAAGAAGAAACCCUGACCCUCACACAGGAUUUACAGCCUGUUCGGAGCUCCGGACAUCUGCAGCACAGAGAUUAUUUGUAAUCCGGCGUCUCCAGGCCGGUGAGCAACCUGAGGGGAGCAAAGAGGGAUGGGGAGCGGCGCUGCGGAGGGGGGCUGGGCUGAGAGGCGGCCAGUGCUCUUUCCCUUGCUGCUGUCUUUGUUCGGCCCCGCGCUCUCUGAGCAGAUCCGCUACAGGAUUCCCGAGGAAAUGCCCGAGGGCUCGGUGGUGGGGAACCUCGCCAAGGAUUUGGGACUGAGCGUGCAUGAGUUACCGACUCGACAACUGCGCAUCAGUUCGGAGAAGGCUUACUUCACUGUGAGCGCCAAGAGCGGGGAGUUACUUGUGGGCAGCAGGCUAGACCGGGAGCAGAUCUGUGGGAAGAAGGCAGCCUGUACUCUGGAAUUUGAGGCUGUUACUGAAAAUCCGUUGAACUUUUAUCACGUGAGUGUGGACAUCGAAGAUAUUAAUGACCAUACCCCAAAAUUCACGCAAACUUCCUUUGACCUGCAAAUAAGUGAGUCUACUGUGCCAGGCACUCGGUUUAUAUUAGAAACAGCGGAAGAUGCAGAUACUGGCUUAAAUGCUCUGCAGAUUUAUAAACUCUCUCUUAGCCCUAUUUUCUCAUUGAUAAAUAAAGAGAAACAAGAUGGUAGUAAAUACCCAGAACUGGCAUUGGAGAAACGCUUAGACCGGGAACAACAGAGUUACCAUCGUUUAAUUCUGACUGCCUUGGACGGUGGGGAUCCGCCACUCAGCGGCACCACUGAGCUCCGGAUCCAGGUUACUGACGCCAAUGAUAACGCCCCUGUAUUCAGCCAGGACGUAUACAGAGUAAGCCUUCGUGAAAAUGUGCCCCCAGGCACCGCAGUGGUGCAGGUGUCAGCCACUGACCAAGACGAGGGCAUCAACUCUGAAAUCACUUACUCCUUCUACAGGACCGGGCGAGUCUUCAGUCUGAAUUCAAAGAGCGGGGAAAUUACAACUCUAAAGACUCUGGAUUUCGAAGAAAUCAAGGAAUAUUCUAUAGUGGUGGAAGGGAGAGAUGGUGGAGGACUGGCUGCACAAUGUACAGUUGAAAUUAACAUUCAAGAUGAAAAUGACAACAGUCCAGAAAUUACAUUCCAUUCUCUAGCCGAAAUGAUUCUGGAAAACGCACUGCCAGGAACACCAAUUGCGUUAAUCAAAACAUAUGAUCGAGAUUCCGGGGAGAAUGGGGAGGUUAAUUGUCGAUUAGAGGGUGAAGUUCCUUUGCAGAUAAUCUCUUCAUCCAGAAAUUCAUAUAAGUUAAUAAUAGACGGGACUCUUGACCGAGAACAGACCCCGGAAUACAAUGUCACUAUAACAGCCACUGACAGAGGCAAGCCUCCCCUUUCUUCCAGCACUACCAUCACCCUGCACAUCACCGAUGUCAACGACAACGCGCCGGUUUUC